GUUCUCGGUUCAAGAGCGGCUUCCCCAAAGUCUGUACAACCUUACAAGGCAAGCGCAACACGGGCAAGAAUUUGAUUUCCUCCCCAGCCUCCGCGCGACACCACUUACAUCAAGUUGUCUCCCACCUUACCUUUCACCACACUUCUCCCUGCACGGAGUCCCGGUUACCUCGCACUCGAUGCAAAGAGCUGCAGCCUCCCCUUCGUACGCAAGGUCACCGGCCGCCCGUAUACCAAUUCGGUGACCCUCACCUCACAUCCACGAAACAACCAACCCAACCGGCAAAGCGUGACGCCCGCAGAAAUGGCACCAGCCAAACCCACGCCCAUCUCACGCUCGCGCCCGCGCCCACGCAAAACCCUCCGCGAGCUCCUCUUCCACACCCUCCCGCCCUACACCGGCCCCUACCAAGUCGGCUUCCUCGAGUUCGAGCUCCCCGCGCAGCACCCGCGCGCCAUCGCGCCGCACAUCAAGCGCGACGGCGAGUACGCGCUCAAGCUCGACACGGUGCUGGCGGCGGUGUACUACCCGGCCGAGGUCACGCCACCCACACCACCCACACCGCCACCAUCAUCACCACCGCCACCACCACCACUGUGCGGCAGGAACGUGAGGAGGAGGAAACCGCCACCGCCGAUGACGACGCCAAAGACGACGCCGGUGACGACCCCGACGACGACGCACCGGCGCGUGCCCUGGCUGCCGCGCCCCCGGGCGUCGACGUGCAAGGGCUACGCCAAGUUCUUCAACGCGCCGCACCUGCCCGUGACGGCGUACAUGGCGCUGACCAGCAUGUUCACCAGGCUGCCUGCGUACCGCAACGCGCGCCUGUCCGGGCGUUGGCCGUGGGAGGUGGACAAUCGUGAAGGGAGCAAGGGGGAGUGGGAGGGAAAAGGGGAGAAGGAGCGCGGCAGGCAGCGCAGCGCUGACACCCUCGUGGCAGAGGGGGCAGUAGAAAACGGGGGUGCGGAUGGGGAGGGGAAGGGGAAGAAUGGGGAUGGGGAUGGGAUUCGGGACGGCAGGCCCCAGUUUCCCGUGGUCAUCUUCAGCCACGGCCUGGGCGGGUCGCGGACGCUGUACAGCUCCAUCUGCGGCGAGCUGGCCAGCUUUGGGUUGGUCGUCGUGGCGCUGGAGCACCGCGACGGGAGCGGCGCGAGGACCUUCGUUAACAAAGCCGGCAAGUCCGAGGACUUGGAGAGCCAGCACCUGGACCGGACCCAGGGGCCGCCGGACAACGAAAAGAAAGCGUCCGGCCAGAAAAAGAAAGCGGGAAACAAACCGUACUACAAGAUCGACUACCUAGUUCCCAAGGACAAUGCCCAGGACACAUCCCCUCACAACCCCAAUGGGGUAGACAAAGAGCUGCGUGGGGCGCAGAUCGAGAUGAGGCUAGCCGAGAUCGAGGAAGCGUUCCGCAUCCUCGGUCUGAUAAACAGCGGGAAGGGCGAUCAGGUGCGCCGAGACAACUUGCGGAAAGGGCCUAACGUCGGCGCCAGCUCGGCUGGCCUGGACGGCAUCGACUGGCAAGACUGGGUUGGGCGGCUGGACCUGGUUUGUGUCACCAUGAUGGGACACUCAUUUGGCGGCGCGACUACGGUCCAAGCCCUCCGGUCCGAGAAGCUGACCUGGAUCACACAGGGCGUCCUGCUGGACCCCUGGGGACCGGCAACCCCGGAAUGCCGGGAGCAAAAAGCAGCCCAUAAGCCGGUGCUGUCCAUCGGCAGCGAGGCCUUCAUGUACUGGCAGGAAAACUUCGACUGCAUCGAGCGGAUCUGCCACGAGGUCCGGGCGGCGGGCACGCUGGCCUGGAUGACGACGAUCAGAGGGUCGACGCACCUCUCGCAGACCCGACUUUGCCGUCCUUUACCCAAAUUGGAUGUCAUGGCUCAUGAAGACCAUCGUGGAUCCCGAGCGGGCCACCUACCUCACGGUGCACGCGGCACUUGAGUUUCUCAAGCUCACGCUGCCUCGGAGCCAAACCCGGUUGGCCAGGGCAUGGGCCGACGAGCAGCUGCUCAGCAGCGCCGCCGAUUUCGAAGCUAGCAUUG